ACCAGAAGAUACUCUGCCAUAUCCUGCAAGGAACCAGUUCGUGAUGAAGGAGGACUUACACGGCGAGUUUCCUGGAACAUGUUCGCCAUUGCCACCAUCGGAGUCGCCGCACGAUUUCUUUCGCGACUGGAACGUUUCAAUGGAAGCGGUUUCGGUUGGGAUGACUGGACCAUUCUUCUUUGUUGGAUCAUGCUCAUCCCAUCCGACAUCAUUCUCGAUGUGAUGACACACACUGGUCUAGGCCAGGAUAUCUGGAUGCUGCCGAACCCGGAUUAUCAAAUCACCAAGAUUCUGUACAACUUUUACGUCUCGGAAUAUACCUAUGUUGUCGAGAUUGCGCUGGUCAAAAUGUCCAUUCUGCUGCUCUACCUCCGCAUGUGGCCGGAGAGUCGAGGAAGGUCUGCCCUAUGGUUUCGCAGAUCUUGCUACAUCUUGAUGACCCUGCUUGGGUUCUUUACGCUGAUCUGUAUGGUGGUCCUUGGCUUGCAGUGCCAACCCAUCUCGUUCUCCUGGACUCGCUGGGAUGGAACAAUACUGACGUUUGGAUGCAGAGGGACAUGCGUCAACCUGAAUGCUCUCAUCUUCGCGACGGCUGGCCUCAACAUCAUGUUUGACAUCAUGACCAUUCUCCUGCCGGUGCCAAAGCUGUGGUCUCUAUCGAUUCCUACCAGAAAGAAGAUUGCCGUCGUACUCACAUUCACCAUCGGACUGCUGGUCACUUUCUGCAGUAUCAUCCGACUGCGCACUCUUGCCGUCUGGGGCGAAGAUCCCAAUGUCACCUACCAAUACAACCCCAUUGCAAUCUGGAGUAAUGUUGAGAUCAACCUCGGCGUUGUGUGCGCGUGCAUGCCGGCCGUUGCAGGACUUCUCCAGAGAUCAUACACAAAGAUUACCGGCAAACAAUUCAGCAGCUAUGGCAAGAACUCCGCAAUGAUGAAGAGCGCGGAA